AGUUUAGCUGCCAAACAAGCUAGCUAGUUUGAUAGCAGGUGGAUGUUGACAUGAAUAGUAAAAUCAUUAGCUAGCUAGAUAUGUAUUUUUUAUGGCUGUGACUACCUGCAUUGCCCGAGAAGAAAUAUAUAUCGUUUGUUGUAUUUGCAGUACAUCUUGUGGUCUCUUCGGAAGAAGUCACUGGUUAGCCAGUUAGAUAGCUAGCACGUUAGCUGUCAAUUGGUAAAUCGUGCAACGGCAUGGGUCAACUGCAGUCCGAAAUGAGCUAAAUAUAAACUUUUGUGCCUAUUUUAUUCCCAUCAUUUAUUUACACAACAUGCCACUAUAUAGGUAGCAGCUAUCGUUUCUUUAUUUGCAUGCAGUGUAAGUUAGCUAGCUAGCACAAGAAUGUGUUAAUUAAAGAAAUGUAGGCGAAUCGACAGGUCAGGACCAUGACAUUGUCAGAGGUAAACGGGCUCUGGCAGCCAAAACAGCCAAAUACUCCCUCUAAACAUGAAUCGAUUCUCAAUUCCGAUAUGGUUCUAGAAACAUAAGAUCUACUUUCAUAACACAUCAAAAUCAUUUUAAAAAUGCAAAAUAUACACUACUGUACUCUGUUUUAGUUCAGUUACAACACUUCUGGCGUCCUUUCAUUACACACAAGUGUUUGGAGACGCUAUAGCUAAUUAGAACAGGUGGUUGCCUCUGUCUUCGGGUAAACAAGCGCUGUAACAUGGACAUGUCGGAACCCUAACGCUAUACAGAGAUGUCUCCCCAGGCUUCUCUCCUACCUGCGGUGGUCCUGUCACUGGGUCUGGUUGUGUGGGUUCUGACAGGGCUGACCCAUGCCCAGCCCAAAGCUUCUGUCCUGGACUUCUCAGCCAGCCUGGGUAACCUCCUCCCCAGCCUCAGCCGACCAGCCAACUCCAGCCGGAUCUUCUAUGGGGUAAUGUUUGACGCUGGCAGCACUGGCACACGCAUCCACGUCUAUACCUUCAUACAGAAAGACCCUGAGGAGUUACCKGUGUUGGAUAAUGAGAUGUUCCAUUCCAUCAAGCCUGGUCUGUCAGCAUAUGCAGACAUGCCUGAAAUGGGUGGGUAUACAGUGAGGCAGCUUCUGAAAGUGGCUAAGAAAACCGUCCCUCGGCUGGAAUGGAAGAGAACCCCGCUGGUCUUGAAAGCUACAGCAGGACUCAGGCUGCUGCCCUCAGAGAAAGCCCAGGCUCUGCUGGAACAGGUGCAGGAUGUUUUUGAUGAAUCUCCCUUCUUCGUGCCAGACGAUAGCGUCAGCAUAAUGAACGGUACAAAUGAAGGAAUCUUGGCGUGGGUUACUGUGAACUUUUUGACAGGUCAUCUGUAUGCUGAGACCAGGAAGACAGUGGGGAUUCUGGAUUUGGGGGGAGGAUCGACUCAAAUCACUUUUCUUCCUAAAUCCAAGAAAACCAUUGGAAGUUCUCCUGAUGACUACAUUGCCAGAAUUGACAUGUUCAACUCGACAUAUGAACUCUACACUCACAGCUACCUGGGUAAUGGACUGAUGGCAGCUAGACUGGCAGCCCUAGGAGCACUGGGGGCAGAAGGGUUAGAGUGGAGAGUGUUCAAAAGCUCCUGCCUGCCUAAGAAGUUCAGAGAGGAGUGGAGCUUUGGAGGACUCACCUACAUAGUCAGUGGGAUACCUGAUGGUUAUGUGGGAUACAAGCUGUGUUACCAGGAAGUGCUGAAGGUGGUAAAGGGAAUAGUUCACCAGCCCUAUGAGUUGAAAGACACCAGUGUGUUCUACGCUUUCUCCUAUUACUUUGACCGAGCCGUGGAUGCAGGCCUUAUUGACAGGACCCAAGGAGGAAUGCUGGAGGUCAGGGACUUCAAGAAGAGAGCUAAAGAGGUGUGUAACAAGAUGUCAAAGUACCGUCCGAUCAGCCCCUUCCUGUGUAUGGACAUGACCUACAUCACCUGUCUGCUCAAAGACGGCUUUGGCUUCAAGGAGAACACUGUACUGCAGCUGACUAAGAAAGUCAACAACGUGGAGACUAGCUGGGCUUUAGGUGCCACGUUCAACCACUUCCAGAACCUAAAGAUCCACAGAUAGACAAGG